GUCAAUGGUAAUGUUUGUUGACAGUAAGUUUUGAGGUUGUUUCGAAAUAUAUUAAAGUUGCUAUUAUAAGUGUAUUAUAGUAUAAAUGUCUUAAAAAUUUGAAUUGGCUAUGGCAUCCACCGGGGGUUAUUUCUUGUGUGUAUUUCUUACAUUUAUAUUUCUGUGCGAUGGGGCUAAAAUUAAUACACCUCGAGUCUUACUACCGUGGUUUGAGAACCGAAAUGUAAAUUUUACGUUUGAAAUUAUAGAAGGAGGGUGCUAUACAUGGAGCUUGUCUCGCGAUGACAUCAUUGAUUUGGAGCCUAUUUAUGAUGAUACAUGGGGUCACUGUUCCCGUAGUGCCCGAGUUUCUGUCUCCAAAUCAUGUGUACCUCCGGGUUCAGUCAUAAUUUUAGCUGAGGAACUAAAUUCUAAUGAGAUCAUAAGAGGUGAUGUUGAUAUCGAUAAAAUCAGCUUUCUGAAAAUAAUAAGUACAACUUGGAAGUUGUAUUUGGAAGAAGCACCUGAAGCAUUUGAAGUUAUUGCUUAUGAUGAACAAGGUAACAAGUUUUCUACAUUGGAAGGCAUAGAUUUCGAUUGGAGGAUUGAAAAUACUGGGAGCACACUCAAUGAUGAUCCUAUAGUAGAUUUGGUUCCGUGGACCAAAACAGACUAUGAAGCACCCAAAGGCAUAUCUGAGCUGGAAGCCAGAGGACUUCACGCCCAUUCAGUGCUUUUGUAUGGCAAGGCUAUGGGAGAUUCAAAGGUGACAGUGUGCCUACAGAGUAUAUGCACAGACUUCACCUUACAAGUGAUUGCAAGUGUGGUUUUAAAUCCAGCUACAGCCUAUAUUGCUCCAGGUGAUGCUCUUCAAUACAAGGUCAUAAGAGCUAAAGCAGGCCGUUUGACAGUACAAAAUGUUGCAGACACCAUGUAUAAUAUAAAAGUAGACAAAUCACCAAUUGCAAUUCUUGAAGAUGCUCUGAGUAUUGUCAGAGGCAAAGAGCUUGGUACAACAGCUGUGCACUUAAUGUCUGGAUCUACAGAAGUGGCUACCGGGAUUUUAAAUGUUGUUCAACCGUACUCCAUCAGAGUAAAUAUACGACCACCUGGCUUGCUUAUAGAAGGAGAAGAAUUUACAAUAUAUUGUUUAUUGUUAGAUGGAGACGGGCAUGCAUUAACAGCAGGUCCAGAUGUUUUAAUUAGACUUUCAGUUGAAGGAGAUGCAAAUGUGGAAUUGUUGAGAUCCACAGAAAAUGGAACGUUGACGAAUGCAGUGGCACAAAAUUCAGGAAAAUUUACUGUUGUGGCUCGAUUGUAUUCUAUAGCUGGAAGAACUAUUACAGAGAAGGUACAAGGUCAAACAUCUGGAUUUGCUAUUAGCCCAUUGCAAAUUGUGCCUCCUGAGAUGUAUGUCGCAUGGACAGAUAGUAAACAAGAGAUUCAGCUGAAGCAUAGUGGUGGAGGUGACCAACCCGUUUUGUGGUCCGAGGGAGAUAAUUACCACAGUGCACUGAAAUUGUCACCGAGUGGGUUACUCACAGUACGAGGUGUGGGUCAACUUGAUGUCAAUGUCUAUCUAGAAAAUUAUCAUCAUAUUAAUGCAGUUGGAAGGAUACUUUCGGCAAUCCCAGAGCUCGUGCAGGUAUCCAGCUCGGGGCACGCGCGCGUCUCUCGUCCUCAUCACCUGCACAUCGCGCUUUCAGCUACUCACCCCGCUACUGGAGAGCUGUUCAACUUUCACAGAUGUGACUGCAAUUCAUUUGCUGUUUCAUUACUUGAUGGCCCGGAGCCCUUCAACGUCACUGCUGUGCCCUGGAUAGAACCACUUGAUGGAGCCUGUUGCGUGAUGGAGUGCUGGUGGGAGUCGCGUGGGGUUUCCACAGUGAGAGUGUCCCGGGGACGUGCGGGAGAGGUUGCUCGAAUCACCGUCACGGCCGCCCCCGCGCUGGUGUGGCCUGCUGCCGCCGCACUUCUGACAGGAGCCACUGUCCCAGUACUGGCAGAAGGUGAAGCAUUAAAGCCGCAUUCUUUGGAACCCAGAGUGUCAAGUAUAGAAGUAAGAGGUGGACCGGCUCCAUACCGGUAUCCUGACAUGCAACUCUUUACCAUGAAAUGCAAUCGGAAAGGCGACACACAGCUACAGUUGAGUUCUGAAAUGGAAGGAGAGGUUGAGUCGGCCGAACUAGGCGUGUCGUGCGCGUCCUACGUCAGCAAGAUUCGCUUGGAACCGAGCGAAACGCCCGGAAACUGUUCUAUGGCCGCCAGAAUUUGGUUACGACCCGGACAAGAUGUAUCGCUCAAAGUAACGUUAUUAGAUUCCGCCAGUAGAGAACUGUUAGAUGAACAAGGUCCGCAGAUGUCAUGGGAAGUUCAACCUAAUCACAUUGGAAUAGAGUUUAAAUCGGCCGAUAGACUGUUUGUUGAAACGAACCCGGAAUAUGAUCCUGUGCCGGUUCCAAUGAGCUAUUAUCAGGUGUUGAGUGCAGGAGAGAAUGCCAUCGGUUGGUCAGGCAUGUUGAAGGCGAGCAUCCCAGAUGCAACAGCCACCAUCCAAGCUAAAGUUGUUGCGCCACUCAGCUGCCAACCCACAAAGGUUAACAUAGCAUGGGAAAAUGAAUCUCCGCUAAACAUCAGUGUCGUGAUGGGAGGUAGCGGCCGAUACGCGGUGGAGACUCCCAAGGGCGUGUCGGCGAGGAUUGAGAACAACGCGCUCUCUGCUAUACUACCAGCACCGGGCUGUUACGAACUGGUAGUGAGUGACAUGUGCGUGCACGGAGAGAGAAUUACUGUCGAGGUGAACAUAGAGGAAGUGAUGAGCGUGGAAGUUACGAGCGCUCGAGCGGUGAGCGUGGGCGGCUGCGUGGCCGUGAGCGCGCUCGCUCGCUCGUCGGCGGGGCGCCCCCUGGCGGCGCGGCGCGGCGACUGGCGGGCCAGCCCCAACGUGGCCGUGAGGGGCGAAGCGCUGUGUGGCUUGAGCGAGGGCGCUGCCACCGUGAGGGCAGGCAUCGCCGGCAUGUGGAGUCCGGAACUUGAGGUGACAGUUUUCCCAAGUCUGCGCGUAGUUCCAGAACGGUCGCGGCUGCCGCCCGGCGCCAAACUCCACUUGAGACAUACAGGUGGUCCACCUCAUCACCUAGCCACCUUCACCUAUAAACUUGUGAAAGGAAACUCUUACGUUGAGGUGUCGCCAUCUGGUGUCGUCCACGGCGUGUCACUGGGUACCUCACGUAUUAAAUUGAUAGCUUUGGACAACACCGACGUGGAGCUAGCGACUGCUGAAGCAGUGGUUGAGGUGGUGUCGAUAUCGGAGGUGCGUGUCCGCGCGGCGACGCAGACGUUGCUAGUGGGUCGGCCGGGCCGCGUGUGGGUAGAAGCGGGCGGACUGAGUACACGUGCACUCGCGGCGUUGGUGCCCGCACCGCGAGCCACGUGGUCGCUGCGGGAAGCCGCACUGGCAACGCUACACUCUACACACGCCGCACAUGCGACAGACAUAAUGGAGAGAAGCACAGCAGAAGGAUUGUCGAUACGCGUGGUUCCGUUGAAGCCAGGCUUAAUUACAAUAGACGUUAAAAUUCGUAAUUUGGGACAGAUGUCAGAAAGUCGUUCAUGGGACAGUACAAUAGAAAUAUUCGGCAUCGCAGACAUUGUACCGUCUGUGGAGGGACUGAAGACCGGAUUCGUUAGCGAUCGCUUGUCAGUAGCGGUGGGGGCGACUGUGAAGUUGAACUCGGUGCCCCGGAGUACCUGGGUGGCGUAUGAAGAUGGAGCCUUCGAUAUGAGGCCCAACGGAGAGCUGAUCGCGUUGAAACCGGGACGGGGCGUCGCUCUGGCCAGACAUAGGGACGAGAGGAACAAUAUUGAUCGAGAAACUGUUGUUCACGUGGAGGUGGCAAUACCUCAGUACUGCACCGCCGAGCCGAGCAAUGACGAGGAUUCGUCCAUUCGGGUCGUACUCCGGGACCACAUAGGCCGAGAGCUCGUCGCGCCGCAAGCUAAUGUAUCAGUUCUCCCGCCGUACUCGGCACACAUACGUCGCUCCAACAGUGCGUAUGGAAGCGAAUUAUUGGUAUCUGGCGUAGAAGGUGCCGGUGCGUUCAUAGGCUUCCAGAGUUCCGUAUUCGGACACACAGUCACUGAUGAAGUGUGGGUCGAGAUGUCUGAAGCAGACGGCAAUUCUAUUGUUGGUGUGGGUAGUUUCGCAAUUUGCUUGGAAGGUGUGGGUUGGCGACCGUCGUCUGCGGGGGUGCAAGUAUUGGCGGGAGCGGGCGUGUCGCUCGCGCUUCUCACUCGGGACACGUCCGGGCGCCACGUGCUCAAGCUGGACAGACCUCCAAUACAAUUCACUAUACACCAAGUGCCUGUGCAAAAGAUGGAGUUUCUGCCCGGCGAUUGGCCGUCCUCUUUCGUGCCGAUAGCGAUCGGGUCCGAGUUAACAUCAAACCCACUGCUGUGUAGCGAGGAUCAGAAAUACGCGCUCCUCGGCUUGGAGGUCGAGUUGCCUUACAUCUGCCGCACUAAGCCGCCACAUACGGCUAUGUCCACACUUGAUAUACCCGCUGGUCAACUGGGUUGCUCAAUAAUCCAAUCAUCAGAAAUAACCCAGCCGCAAGAAAUCGACCUGUGCGCUGAAUGGGGUGUGUUUAAAACAUGUACCAAAGUACAACUUCUACCCAGAAUUCAAAUCUUGGACACCAAAAUUUCACUCCUAAACCCACCAGCUACGUUUACUAUACUCGGGCACCCACGGACCUUGAAGCAGAUCAGAAUCACAACAUCUCCGGGAUUGAGGGUUGAGCAAACUGUAAAAGAUAGUGAAAUGAUAGUUUUAGUGCAAAGUGAUAGCGCUUCGUGCGGCCACGGGUGGGUGAAUGUUGCGUCGAGGCUGACUUCGCAGGAGAUCAAAGUGGAGGUGGAAAAGGAGUGUGACAUUGCCUGUGGGACACUCCUGGGAGCUCUGUUCUCAUUACUGAAGCCAUACUUGACAACUAUUGUGACACUCACUCUUAUUGCGGGUGGAUAUGUUUUUGUUCAAUCAAAACUCCAGAAAAAGGUGCAAAUGCGGUUACCAACGGAGCCAGCACAUACAGUGUUGCCAGAUACACCGCAAAAUCGUACGAGGAGUUGGUCAAGAAGUCCUUAUGCCUCGAAUGGUCAGGCAGCACCAAUUUAUGGCGACACUAGUAUCCCACCCGACUCGAGCUUCUCACCAACAUCAAGAAUGCAUAGAAUGUUUUAGUAGCUGUCGGUGAAAAGUGAACUUUAUAUAAUUGUGAUAAGUGUUGUUUUUGAAGUGAUCUAGAGACAAUCAAGACAUAUUUUUCAAAUGGAUGUGGUGUGUUAAUUUAAUGUUCAUAAUUAUUGUGUUGACUAUACAAGACCCGAAGGUCUUGAGUAUUAUAACGUAGAGUAUAAUGACACUUGAGUUGUCCCAAUGUCAAUAAAUUAUUAAAAUAAUAAUAAUAAAAAAAAUAGUUGCCAUA